CAACGUCAACCACCUUGAGCUCCGCGACCUGCGAGACUUGCGCGGGCGAUGGUGAACAGUCGCAGUGCGGCCGCUCAGGCCAGCGAUGGGCCGCCUAAGCACAUCGUCAUUGUUGGCGGCGGCGUCAUUGGCACGAUGACGAGCCACUAUCUUGCAAAGGACAUGAGGACGAUGCCUCUGGGCAGCACAAUCACCGUCGUCGAAGAAUGUUCGGUUGCUGCGGGCGCCAGUGGCAAAGCGGGAGGAUUCAUCUCUGCGACGGGACAUGCUGCUGCGACCUCCAAGCUCGCCGCAUUGUCGUUCGAGCUGCAUCACGAUCUGGCUACCGAGCUGGAUGGUGCUCAGAAAUGGCAGUACCGUCGUCUGUCUUCAAACACGUAUAGUCUCUCGACUCGCAAUGUGAAGCCGCCACCAGCGAAGAAGAGCAGGGCUUUGCCCUGGAUGAACGAGAGCCUCAUUGUCUCCAGCAGCAUUUUCGGCGAUGUCACCGAGCAAGCGCAGAUCAUGCCAAAGAUGUUCACGCAAUCGGUCAUGAGGAACGCAGUCGAUUCUCUUGGCGUCAAGCUCGUCAUCGCUACAGCCAAAGCGCUCCAUCGUGAUGCAAUGGGACGACCGAUCUCUCUCAUUGUCGAGGAUGCCAAUUGUACAGAGACGGAGCUCAGCUGCACUGACUUGGUUCUCUGUGCUGGCCCGUGGACGAGUCGACUUGCUACAAAGCUCCUGGGAACACGGCUAGCGCGGCGCGUGGGUGUCCAUGGCAGUCGAGCACAUUCGAUCGUCCUGCAAAGCAUACAGCCCCUGACACCUCAUGCCAUCUUUUGCGAUCUUGCCAGAAAAGAUGGUCAUUUCGAUAUCGAGAUAUAUUGUCGUCCUGAUGACACGGCCUAUGUCUGCGGUGAUUGCCCGAGCCACAUCAACGAGCUCGACCUACCAGAGACGGCAGACGAUGUCGAGGUACACGAGGACGCGAUCGAUUUUCUCAAAGAGAAUGCAGGCAUCGUCUCCUCGAGCCACCUCAAGGACGCGCCUGUCGCCGUCGAGCAAGCCUGCCUUUUGCCCAUAUCUGACAUCGGCACGCCCAUCAUCGGCAGACUUGACCCGGGCAUCUAUGUUGGGGCAGGACAUACGGUCUGGGGAAUGACACUUGGUCCAGCGACUGGCAAGGUCAUCUCUGAGAUCGUACAGGGCAAGCCGACUUCAGUACCGAUCAAACAUCUUGCUCCCAAGUGAGAGAUCCCUUUCUUGAUCAGUGUAAUGCUUGUAUCAGAACCACAUCAUGCACACGAAUAAUGUGAGAAUGCGAGAGUCUGUGCAUGCAAGCGAUGGGACAAUAUAUAGCGUAUUUCAUAAACGCAACUCUGGAGUGAUGUAGUUUUGACAGCGAAGCCAUGCUUAAUAGGAUCAGGCGGCUGACGCUUGGUGCGUUGCAUAUUGUUCGGAUGUCCCAGGCAGCGCUGCUGCUGUCUUCCUCACUCACUGCGGCUGCGAUCCCUGCUACCAGCGAGCCUCCGGAGCGCAUCAAUGCUUGUCACAACCCUUUCAUUCGUUCCUCAGACCACAGCGAACUGCGUGUCAAGGCCUUGCAUAGGGCCAGACUUUGCGACCUUCUGAGCCUGCAUUGCUGAAGAGCUCGAGU